AUGUUGGGCUUCAAGAGUUUCCAAAACGGCUGGGCCAAGUUGUUGGCUUCGCUGUUCCUUCUCCUCGCUGCUUCUCAGCUCUGCAUUGCUGCACCUUACACCACUCAGCUCGCUGUUCGAGAUGAUCAACACCUCUACUCUAGAGUCAUCACUCCUGAGCUAGAUGCCUACAAACAAAAGCUCGACGCCAGUGAAGCUGCCAACACAUACGUUGGCCAAGGAGAGACCCAGUUUGUAGACUUCACUACUGGUGAUGAUCACGUAGUUGGAAGCUCAGGUUUCGCUGGAUGCUUCGGUGUCAUCCUCGCGACCAAGCAAGGUACCAUUGUCGGCCAUUACAACCUCGACCAGGCUGGUUUGGACACCGCCAAGAAGGAGAUCCCCGAUCUUUACAGCAAGCACAACGACAAGGUUGGAGGUGCUGCUGCCCAUCUUUACUCUGCCGUCUACUAUGAGAAUGGUGAGCUUGUUGACGGAAAUCUGUACAACGAGUACAAGAAGUUCCUCACGGACCUUAUUGGAAGCGAGCCCAAGGAUCACCACUACACUGAGGCUGCUGAGACUGUUCCCGAGGAGGAUCUGUUCGAAGACAAGUGGGAUAAGGACGCGGUGAGCGGUGGCUUUGUUGUUGAGAACCCGGGUGGUGGCGAUGCUGAUACCAGCAUUUUCUUCAUUACCAUUGAGCGACAGCGCACCAGUGCUCAGCUGCCUGACCGCCGUUAA